AGUCACGCGAUUUCAUGCUUCGUGGCCGUGUGUGUACUCUUCGCGUUCGCCAUUUUGGAAGGUUUGCCCAGAAGUAAUUGACGUUCCUGGAUUUUGUUACAUUUCGGCGUCGUGCGUUUUCCCAGGUGAAGCAGCGCGUCAAGCAUGGGCGAGGAUUUUAACGGAGAUCGUGAUAGACAGGAUCGGGAUAAGGACAGAGAUCGGGACAGGGAUCGCGACAGGAGGCACAGGUCGCGCAGCCGAGAUCGCAGAAAGCGCUCCCGGUCUCGCUCGAAGGAACGCAGGGACAGAAAGAGGAGUAGCUCGCCGAAGAAGAGCCGUAGCUCCAGAAGAAGAAAACCGUCUUUGUACUGGGAUGUGCCGCCGCCCGGUUUCGAACACAUUACUCCCUUGCAGUACAAGGCUAUGCAAGCUGCUGGUCAAAUACCUGCGAACAUUGUAGCAGACACACCACAGGCAGCUGUACCUGUAGUGGGUAGCACUAUAACUCGCCAGGCAAGGAGACUUUACGUAGGGAACAUUCCAUUCGGUGUCACCGAGGAGGAAAUGAUGGAGUUCUUCAAUCAGCAGAUGCAUCUCUCUGGACUUGCACAAGCCGCUGGAAAUCCAGUAUUGGCGUGUCAAAUUAAUUUAGACAAAAAUUUCGCAUUUUUGGAGUUCCGAUCGAUAGACGAAACCACGCAGGCUAUGGCAUUCGAUGGCAUAAACUUCAAAGGGCAGAGUCUGAAGAUAAGAAGGCCACACGAUUAUCAGCCAAUGCCGGGAAUGACCGACAAUCCAAGCAUGAACGUGCCAGGUACGGUUCCUGAUUCGCCGCACAAGAUCUUCAUUGGCGGUUUACCAAAUUAUUUGAACGAGGAACAGGUGAAAGAGCUGUUGAUGAGCUUUGGACAACUGAGGGCAUUCAAUCUAGUAAAGGAUUCCGCGACCGGUCUCUCCAAAGGAUAUGCGUUCUGCGAGUAUGUAGACGUCUCGAUGACCGACCAGGCGAUCGCCGGAUUGAAUGGGAUGCAACUGGGUGACAAGAAAUUAAUUGUACAACGCGCCAGCGUGGGUGCGAAGAAUCCCAUGAUAGGCGCACAAGCUCCAGUACAAAUUCAAGUGCCUGGUUUGUCAAUGGUUGGCACCAGCGGACCUGCGACCGAAGUACUUUGUUUGCUCAAUAUGGUCACGCCAGAAGAACUUAUGGAGGAGGAAGAGUACGAGGAUAUCCUCGAGGACAUUAAGGAAGAGUGUAAUAAAUACGGCGUGGUGCGAUCCGUAGAAAUUCCUAGACCCAUCGAGGGUGUCGAUGUUCCUGGAUGCGGCAAGGUAUUCGUAGAAUUCAAUAGCGUGAUUGACUGUCAAAAGGCGCAACAGACUCUCACAGGCCGAAAGUUUAAUAAUCGCGUCGUAGUUACAUCAUAUUUCGAUCCCGAUAAGUAUCACCGUAGAGAAUUCUAAGCGGAUUUCUCUUUUCAUACCAUUUAAUAAUUAUAUAAAUAUAUAUAUAUAUAUAAUGCAAUGUAUAUGUGAAUUUGAAUAAUCUAAACUAUUCUAAGAUAAUUAUACAUUUACCAAUGAAUAAUCGAUGAGUAACGUUAAGAAAUUGUCACGUUUAAUGACAGAAAUUUUAAAUUUAACAAUUAGAAUUGUAAGUAUAUCACUACACCGACAGAAACUCCGAUACACAAUCGCGUGAUCACAGAUGCGAAUUCUUCGCGCUUUAAAGACACAAUUAUGAACAUAUGUAAUAAUAACAAAUACAUUUGGUCGUUAAUAUAAGACGAAGAAUGAUGUCCGAUAAUAAAAAAAUUGAUAUUACCUGUU